AUGAAAAACACUGCUCGAUCGCCUAAGCGGCAGGGGAGAUUAUAUAUUGCUGAACAUAUCAUAGAAACGGCAAAACUGCUAUAUAGAGUUAUGACCUUGUGGAGAAAGAAGGAGGUCCCCGGCUGGCCCUAUGAAGAAAGAAAUGAAGCUCACAUGGCUAUUAGUAACGAGUUAUGA